AUGAACCUAACAGAGUUUAACCGGUCUGAUCGCUGUGAGCAUUUCUCCUGUCCAGAGAGGUCUGUAUCUUCUGCAGUUUAUAUCUUACUGUACUUGUGUGCAGCAACUGUGGUUCUUCUAACAGUGUGUGCAAAUCUGCUUGUCAUCAUCUCUCUUUGUCACUUUAAGCAGCUUCACACACCAACAAACAUGCUGGUGCUCUCUUUGGCAGUAUCAGAUUUCCUCAUCGGUGCUUUAGUGAUGCUUCCGGUGUUAAUCUGGACAAUUGAAUCAUGCUGGAUUUUUGGAAAGAAUUUCUGCAUUUUCUUUUCUUUGAUUAGUGGUCUCCUAAUGAACCUUUCCAUCUAUAAUAUCACACUGAUUGCUGUAGAUCGGUAUUUGGCUCUCUCAAACCCAUUUCUCUACAGAAACAAAAUCUCUAUGAGGACUACAUGCACUGUAGUUUAUUCAAAUUGGUGUGUAUGUCUGACAUAUAUUACAGCAGUCUGUUAUUUUAAUGGGAGUUUCACAAACUCUGUACUUUGUCCUGGACAGUGUUUUCUCGCUCUGAGUCCGAUUUGGUCUGUAAUAAAUCUUGUAUAUUCAUUUAUUUUUCCAUUUUCUGUCAUAAUCAUAUUUUAUACUCUGGUUUUUGUGAUAGCUAAAAAACAUGCCACUGCUAUCAGAGAGCUUAAUAAUCACACACGAUCUAAAACACAGAAAAUCACCUCACACUCAAUGAAAUCUGAGAGAAAAGCAGCUAAAGUCCUCGGCAUUUUAGUGUCUGUUUUUCUGAUGUGUUUACUUCCAUUUUUUAUUUACAGUUUAUUAGGCGAUAUUAUCAAACCACAUUUAGAAACUGUUAAUAAACUCGUGAUUGUUUUCAAUCUUAACUCCACCGUGAAUCCAUUCAUAUAUGCUUUAUUUUACCCAUGGUUUAGGCGGUGUAUUAAAUUAAUUAUAACACUGCUGAUAUUCCAGACUGACUCUGCAUUAAUCAAUGUUCUUUCAUAA